CAGCUGGGUCAGGUGUCUGGAAAAAGAUGGGCAGGAUUCCCAGGGGUUCAAAGCACUCUCUGCCUGACCAGGCUCUGGGGCUGAAGGCGUACCCUGGGGCACUGGCACUGAGAUCCUCCCUUCUUGCCCAGAGCUGGUGCUGAGAUGGUCUCAAAGCCUGGGGUUCUCUCUUCUCUCCUCUCCCUCUGCCUGCAGGCCCAGCAGCCUGGCCCCCCAGCAAUGGAAGCAGGCAGUGCCAGGCUGGCGCCACCCUGGAGGACGAGAUCUGAGUUGGACGAUGACUAUUAUCCCCAAGGCGGUUGGGACACGGCCUUCCUGGUCACACUGCUGCUGGUGGGGCUGCCAGCCAACGGGCUCAUGGCAUGGCUGGCAGGCUCCCAGGCCAGGCACAGGGUUGGCAAGCGUCUGGCCCUCUUCCUGCUCAGCCUGGCCAUCUCGGACUUCCUCUUCCUAGUGGCCACUGCCUUCCAGAUCAUGGAGAUUCGAUUGCAGGGACACUGGCCCCUUGGAACAGCUGCCUGCCGUUGCUAUUACUUCCUCUGGGGGAUCUCCUACUCCUCAGGCCUCUUCCUGCUGGCGGUCCUCAGCCUCGACCGCUGCCUGAUGGCCUUGUUCCCUCGGUGGUAUCCCCGCCAUCGCCCAUCCCGCUUGCCGCUCUGGCUGUGUUCUGGGGCCUGGGUGCUGGCCACCCUGUUCAGUGUGCCCUGGCUCAUCUUUCCCGAGGCCAACGUGUGGUGGUAUGACCUCGUCAUCUGCCUGGACUUCUGGGACACCGAGGAGCUGCCCCUGCGGUUCCUGGAGAUCCUUGGCGGGCUGCUGCCCUUCCUCCUCCUUCUGGGCUCUCAUGUGCUCACCCAGAUCCAAGCUUGCCGACUCCGCCGGCAGCAGCCACAGGCUGGUGGAGCUGGGUCCUGCCCAGCCGGCUUCUCCCGCGUGGCCGCCACCAUCCUGUCAGCCUACAUAGUCCUCCGGCUGCCCUACCAGCUGGCCCAGCUGCUCUACCUGGCUUACCUGUGGGACUUCUACCCUGGCUACUUCCUCUGGGAGGCACUGAUCUACUCCGACUACCUGCUCGCGCUCAGUAGCUGCCUGAGCCCCUUCCUCUGUGUCUUGGCCAGUGCUAACCUCCGCGCCCUUCUUCAUUCCAUGCUCUCCUCCUUUGCUGCUGCUCUGGCUGAGGAGAGGUUCAGGGGCACCAUGCCUGCAGCCUCGCUGCCAGCUCAGCCCGAGCCUGCAGUUCCACUCCAGCCCCAGGUGAACCCCACAGCCCAGGUCCAGGUGAACCCUAGCGCCCAACCCCAGCCAAACCUGACCAAUCAACCUCAGGCCCAGCCCACAGCUCAGUCCUCUGACUCAGGCCUCAGUCCCCCUCCUUCAACCCCUCACCCCUGUGAAGGGCCCCCAUGUGCUCUACCCACAGAGCAGCCCACACCAGCUCCCCCUGAGGAGCCCGCCAUGCCCCCUGCCCCUGAGGGGGACAGCUCUGGGGAUGCUCCUCCAGAGACAUCCCCUACCCACGGCCCUGCUUGAGAGAAGGAACACGGGCUGAGAUGAUGUAACAGACAAGGGUGCCCCACCACAGAUAGCCUAGAGAACCACCCACUCGUGGCCAAUGGGCUGAGAGCCAGAAGAGAGAAAGGAGUCAGGACCCUAGGCUGGCACCCUGGCCCUGGUUCUCCCCUGGCCCCCACCUGAGGAAGCAGUUGCUUCCUCAAAUAGUGCAUUCUCAUCCACCUCAAAAUGCCAAGAAGAGAGCGGAAAUCCCAGAACUGUGGAGGGCCCCUAGCCUCCUCUCCAGCCUCCCCCAAAGUGGCCCCCACUGGAAGACUUUCAUGAGGCCCUCUGAAGGAAAGGAGAAGCCCAGCCCACGGUCCUUUACAGGUGGAAGCACAUCUGCUCUGAAUCCCGCCAAAGGAAGUGGCAGGAGGGCUCUUGGCUUCCCUGGGGAUUCUCCAGAGGGUUCCUUUCCAUUUUGCUAAAUCUUCCGUGCUGGUCAAGUGUGGUUCGACUUACCCGAUUUGUACUGAUUUGUGCCCCACUUCUCAGGAAGCCCCCUGUUGGGCAAAGCAGCCCUGUGGGUGCCUCAGGCUACGAGGUCCCUGUCUCUGCUGGGCUGCCCACCUUUGCCUCCAGCCUUUCCACCUUUGGUUGUAGAAUCUCAGCAAUGGAAGGACCCUUUCCAGGGCAUCUAGUCCAAGUACGGCUUAACCAGGAGUGUCUCUGACGUUCCUACCAACCUCUGCUCACAGAUCUCCAAGGAGUGGGACCUUCCAUGUCCCAGGAUAGCUCUGCCCACUCUCUGUUAGGAAUGACCUUCUCCUCUCUUCCAUCUUCUGCCCCAAACCACUCCGGGUCCUGCUCUCAAGAACCAAGGUAACCAGAAGAGGCCUCCUCCUUCUUCCACAUGACAAUGAGCAUGCUCCAAGUCUUAUGCUCCACACUGCCAUGAAGCAAGUCUCAUAGGGAAUGAUCUCAAGGUCUGUCAAUGCAAUCGGACAAACAUUUAUUAAGUGCUUACUGUAUAUAAGCCUUUUAACCAACUUGGAUGCUCACUUGGCCAGCAAUGGCUUUGCUAAAAUGGCGCCCAACGUGGAAUGCGGCUCUGUGAAUGUGGGUGGCAUCUGCUUUCUUGGCUGCUCUGCCAUGCUGUGGCCUCAACGUGAUCUUGUGGUCCACUCAAGCCUCCAGAUCUUUUUUUUUCCAGACAAGCUGCUUUCUAAACACACUUCUCCCAUCUUGCUCUUGUGAA